AUGCACGCGUUUAAAGACAAGGCCAUUAGUCCAAUUAACUAUGUCCAAAGGGUAAAAGCGCAAGCGAUUAUGGGAACAUUCCUCACCAUCGCAACUAGUGUGGUAGAGGCGGAGGCUCACAUCGCCCCUGCACAAAGCCAGAAAUUUAGAAGAUUUACCGCUCACGCUAUAUUAGGUGGCAGAUACGCUGAGAUAUUGAAAUGGACACCACUAUGGGAGGAGCGCGUACAGACCAAUAUUAGUGAAACCCCAGAAACGCACACUGUAGCGGGCAGAUUAAUGCAGAUCGUAGUGGUAGGAUUCGGUGGAGCAAUCCAGAGGAAAUCACCCCAGUAUAAAAAGCUGAAACUAAAGACCUUCUUCUUUACACUGGGC